GUCAGACGUCAGUCGCCAGCCUCACUCACUCCAGUUCAGGUCCAGUCUAUCAAAAGCAAUCGGACAGUCGCCGCGAGAACACGCGCCGCGCCCCCGCGCACAUUCGUACACGUACACAAUAACACCCAUUUAACUUGCGAAUCACUUUCGUUGCGCUAUCCCGUAACUAUGAUAACACUGUGAAUUAUUUGUUUUGGGUUCUUCUCUUCGGUUGCUGUACCCACAUUUCCAAGGAGCCCAAGAUAACAAAAUGCUACAAUCGGCGAGCGACGACAGUGGGAGUUCCGAGGUGGUGUCGCCAGAUCAUAUGCUGCUGUAUUAUGAUGAUAAUUUCGAGUACUUCGAAACUAAGCCUGAUGUGGCCGAUAUGAAAAUAGAACCAACGGCAGAGUCAUAUGAGAGUGGCAGUGGCAGCGAUGAGCUACCGCAGCGUUCAGGGAAAAGGCGGCGUCCAGCAGCCGCCCCCAGCGUCGGUAGCCCUCCCGCCAGCACGGGCCGGCGACGUCGCGGCUACUCCGCGCGUGAACGCAACCUGCGCCGCCUCGAGAGCAAUGAACGGGAACGAAUGAGAAUGCAUUCGCUCAACCGCGCCUUUGAGGAUCUUCGGCGUGUUAUACCGCAUGUACAAAAAGUAAGCAAAAGCCUAUCCAAGAUAGAGACGUUGACACUUGCCAAAAAUUAUGUGAAGGCUCUUACUAAUGCCAUAUGCAUGAUAAGGGGCGAAGGAAACUAUUACCUAUUUACGAGCGCUGACGACAACGUGGAGCCGCCGUUUAUUUUAAGUAGAGAUAUGGAGCAGAAUAACAAUGAUGAAAAUGACCGACAGCCGGAGCCUUCGCCAAUCAUCACCAGAAGAAGCCUCUGACUAAUGUCCAAGGGACGUCAGUCAUCCGCGACAUCUUUACCUAAAUAAAGUCGGCAAGCUCUAGCAAAACCCAAAUUUUAGUUUAUUGGUACAAAGUUCACUUAUGUACAAUCGCAAAGUAUGUUAAAUCCUAAGUAAUACUCGUGAUAAAAAGAUUAAUUAUAAUAAUUAUUUUACUAUCUUAGCGAAUGUACAAGACUACCAUUAUAUAAUUGUAACAAUCUUACCAUCACAUGAUUUUCUUCUCAGUUAGCUGACAAAUAAAUUUACUCGACGAACUGGCUCUCAACGGACACCGAGAUCUAAAAAUUAAUUAUAAGAAUAAAUGUGAGUAGUUAAUAAUUACCAUAGACAAAUUUUUAAUGUUUGUUAGAAUUUGCUUAAAGAUGAAAACCUUGGUUUUUCCAAAAAUAAUAUUGUUACUAUGCCCAUUUUACAUUGUCCCAGUCCAGUGGCGUAAUCCAGCGCGGGAUUACAACUGGAAGAAUUAAUUAAUGUAUAAUGUAACUGGGCAUUAGAAGAGAAUAGUUACCAUUUUAGUUCAGCUUAUCCUAAACGCGGGAUUCUGCUGCCGAAAACCUAUAGAAAACAAGUUGUUAAUUCACCCAUUACUUAAAAAAAAUGAAAAAUAACUAUAUAUUUUUAAUUUAAUCUACAUAGUAUAACAUCACAAUCUAUAAGUUGAAUAAUAAAUAGCUGAAUAAUAUUUCAAUAACAUGCCCCCCCCCCCUUCAGUUGCAAGUUGCCAUUAUUAUAUGAAAUAUAAUCUAAAUUAUUUAAAUUUUUAAACAUUAGAAUUUUAACGCGCAAUUUUCAUUUCAAAAAAAAUAAUGUGACGUAGCUGUAAGCAUUUAGCAUAAUUAAUGCAUUUGAUAAAUAUUGUUGUUAUUGUAGCCUGUGUGUAACAAAUAAGAGUUGCAGAUGUCAUUGUCUAUAUUACGAAACGAAAGUAAUUGCUUUGUGGUUGUUGUAGUAGAGUAGAUUUGCAGGCUUACAUUUUGAACUUCAGAACAAUUACUAACACUUUACAAUCUCAUGUUUUUAUUAUAAAAUGAUCUCUCUCUCUCUGUCUCUCUCUCUCACUCUCUCUCUCUCUUGGUGCCAAUUAUCCGCUCGAUGUUUAGUCAACAAAAUAAAUAAAUGUUUAAAUGUAAUAUCUAUAAUGUUAAAUGACGUGUUAACAUAGGUAAAUGUUAGUUUUUAAUUUUUUUGUCAAAAGCUUCAAUAUGAAUGUAUGUAAAUAAUUUAGUUUGUCAGUUUAUUCAAAGAAUUUAUUUUGUGUAAAAACCGUCAAAGAAAUCUCAAGUUACCAUACUUUUUUAUUUCAAAAGCAAAAGUGUUUUGAAAUUAUGUUAAAUUAUGUGAAUUAUGUUAAAAGUGAAAAAAUAGAUUUAAGAUUUUAUGUGUCGAAACCUGUUGGAAUUAAUGUUCUAUAUAAAUAAACAAAAUAUUUGUGUGUG